CCUGGUGACACUAAGUUGGAAGGUUUCCGGCCGGAAGCUAUUCGAUGAGACACCCGGAAGGCGGAAGUCCUCGAGCGGAAGUGGCGGAGAGGAACGGAGAAUGGCGGCGGAAGGUUGGAUUUGGCGCAGGGGCUGGGGCCGGCGGUGCCCGGGGAGGCCUGGGCUUCCCGGCCCCGGCCCUGGCCCCAUGACACAUCUACUUCUUCUUCUGUUGCUGGGGCCGGUGGCUGCGGAUAUAACUGACGGCAACAGUGAACACCUCAAGCGGGAGCAUUCGCUUAUCAAGCCCUACCAAGGUGUCGGUUCCAGCUCCAUGCCCCUCUGGGACUUCCAAGGCAGCACUAUACUCACGAGCCAGUACGUGCGCCUGACUCCCGAUGAGCGCAGCAAAGAGGGCUCUAUCUGGAACCACCAGCCUUGCUUCCUCAAAGACUGGGAGAUGCAUGUCCACUUCAAAGUCCAUGGUGCUGGGAAGAAGAAUCUCCAUGGAGACGGCAUUGCCUUGUGGUACACUCGGGACCGCCUCGUGCAAGGGCCGGUGUUUGGAAGCAAAGACAACUUCCACGGUUUAGCCAUCUUCCUGGACACGUAUCCCAAUGAUGAGGCCACAGAGCGUGUGUUCCCGUACAUCUCGGUGAUGGUGAACAAUGGCUCCCUGUCCUACGACCAUAGUAAGGAUGGCCGCUGGACCGAGCUGGCAGGCUGCACGGCUGACUUCCGCAACCGUGAUCAUGACACCUUUCUGGCUGUACGCUAUUCCCGGGGCCGUCUGACGGUGAUGACUGACUUGGAGGACAAGAACCAGUGGAAGAAUUGCAUUGACAUCACGGGUGUGCGCCUCCCCACCGGCUACUACUUCGGAGCCUCUGCUGGCACUGGUGACCUAUCUGACAAUCACGACAUCAUCUCCAUGAAGCUGUUCCAGCUGAUGGUAGAGCACACCCCCGAGGAGGAGAACAUUGACUGGACCAAAAUUGAGCCCAGCGUCAAUUUCCUCAAGUCGCCUAAAGACAACGUGGAUGACCCGACGGGGAACUUCCGCAGCGGGCCCCUUACGGGGUGGCGGGUGUUCCUGUUGCUGCUGUGUGCGCUCCUGGGCAUCAUCGUGUGUGCUGUAGUGGGGGCCGUGGUGUUUCAGAAGCGGCAGGAGCGCAACAAGCGUUUCUACUGAGUGGCCAGCGCUCGGCUGGCGAGGGCCUGGCGUUGGCCCCUGCACUAAUGUGAACUUUUUUUUUUACUGGGAUUGUAAAAGAAAAACAAGAUGACCUUAUUUCUUAACAGUUUAAAAGAAAUAAUUAAAGUAUUUUCAUACA